UGAUAAAUUAAUAUCUUUCCGUGUAAUCAGCAGAUGUUCAGCAAGCGCAGCGCGCAACACUGCUGUUGUUUAUUUUAUUAAAUAAAUCAGAGCCAGGAGCUCUCUUCUGUUUUACACCUCAAACGAACAACACGUAUUUUUAUACUCCCCUAGAAACAAACCCCCCAGUUGUAGUUGCUCCCAGCAGUCUUAUUAGUGGCGACGAGGAAAAAACGAACCGACGGAUCACCGCAGCUACUGGAUCGUAUCAGCCUUUGCCGACGGAAAACCAACAGGAGACGGCGGCUGUUGUUUCGAUUGCCGACAUAGGGGCAUCUGCACAGUGGACCGUCUGUGCGGCAGUAGUGGUUUAAUUUUGAUCUUUUCCUUUUCGCUCCGCUGGAAGGUUUUCUGGUUCCUUUACCUGGGAAUCGUGGUGAGAGUAAAGGAUUCAUCGGGUACCAAGACGCAUCUGCUUGUUCAUCGCAUCGACAAUUGGAAAUGGAUAGCAAUCAAAGGAUGGUAGACCAGCGUACCUGUGACUACUGCGGACAACAAGGACACGUGCGAAGAAGGUGCCGUGAACUAAAUCCUAAAAGGAGCGAUGAAGUUGAACAUGCCGACAUGCAAGAAUCUUUUGUGGCUCCGGAUAACUUGUCCGAGCGUCUGGAUAAUUUUAAAGAAAUAAGUUGUGAAUUGGAUAACAAUGAGCCAAGUGAUUUUGUAUUGGAGUGUAUGGAUGUUUCUUCCAUCGAUAAUUUCAGUAGUUCUUGUUUGUUGAAUGUCUCUAUUGAGAAUAAUUUGACAAAAUUGGAGAUUGACAGUGGAUUUAGGACAGCUGCUCCAAAUUUCAACCGAACAUUAAGUAAGAGGUUUAAUAAAUUAAUUGAGAUAAAUAGUUCCAGGGUGACAAUUUCUGGCCAAGAUGAUGUUACGGUUGAAUUGAAUAGUACAAAAGCAAUAUUUAAUCUGCUAGUGCUUGAUUGCUAUUAUCACUUUAUUCCAUUACUAGGAAGAACGUGGUUGGAUGAAUUCUUUCCCAACUGGAGAUUUUAUUUUGGCAUUUCUUUGCCAGGAAAUAAUAUUCGCCAAAAACAACAUAAAACACCUACUGGAGAUAUUAAGAUUAAAUGUGCUGAUGUAUUUGUCAGAAAUUCAAGUAAUUCUAUUGCUAAUUGUGAAGCAGAUGUGAUUUUAAAAAGUAAUUUACCAAUUUCAAAACAAGAUAAUGACUUUCCUUAUGAUAUGAGGCAGAAUAAUUUUAAAAUUUUUGUAUUCAAUUUCAAAAUUCCUAAUAUAUUUUCGUCAAAAUUUUUAUUUGCGAGUUUUAUUUCGCAGUUGGUUUUGAAUGUGUCAGUUCCAAUACAAUGUAAUAAAUUUGUGAAAAGUAAUAUUAUAACUGAUGAUUCUUUGGCAAUUUCCAUAGAGACUAUAAAUGAUAUAUUUCAGAAAAACAGAAUUUAUUUUACACGCUAUUUGUGGCCUAAGAAAACUGACAAGCAUGGUUUUAAAAUGCUUAGAACUAAACCAGAUUUCUAUGAUCUUGACGUGUGUUUAUUAUUCCAGGACAAAGUGAACAUUACGCAGAAAUUUCAAGGAGAAAUGAUUAAACUUGAACGUGUCAUUCACGAGGUCAUUCAUGAUGGCAUCAUUGAUAUGAUAAAAUUCGUAGAACAAGCGGUUCACUUGUUUGGUUUUGACACGAAUUUUGUUGCUGUUUGUGGCGUCUGUUCCAAUAUGGCAAUCAUUCCAAAACAUAAUAUUAAUUCAAAAUUUUCAAACAGUGUACCUACUAAGAAACCAUCGGUAGGAAAUGAUUUCUCUAAAAGGGUGGAGGUAAAACGAAUGAUUAAAAUUGACAACUAUUUGGUAGUUAUAGCUAAAUUGGCUAUGCAUUUUGCGAGUUUUGUAUUGGACAACGUCACAAUGUAUGACAAUGGUUUCUUACAUAAAAGUUGUAAGUUGCACUUGGAAAACCAGAUUAGUUUACGUUUAAGCUUUAAUGAUACGACAAUGGUUGGAAAUUUUCCUCCUGAAAAAUACUAUACCCAUACAUCUAAGAUGUUAAUCUGUUUGAUUAAAACGAAAAAACAUAACAAACCGCAUAUACGUGGAAAAUGGAUCAAAGUAUCUUUUCUGAAACGUUUUUCUCAAAAUAUAUUACAGAUCAUGGUUGGAAACGAGACGACAACAUCGUCCCAUCCCAAUCAGAUCAGAGUCCUUGAGGAUGGACAUGGAGUUACGGAUCUGUCGAAGCGGGUAAUGCGAGUGGUCGAGACUGGUCGUCCGCUAUCGACUGUCGAGAUUCCCGAGAAUGGUCGACCGUUGUGGACUGCAGCAGAACGCAUGAUGAAACCCGUACUGAACGAGAGCGAUAUCUGGCAAUUACCAGGUCAUAGCAGUGGAAGCGCCUCGAAUCAACGCAAGUUAAUGAAGAAUAAGAAUAGGAAAAGAAAAUUCCCGUCAGAGCCGGUAGAGCUUUCUGGCCUACCUAGGCGUUCAAUAAGAAUCAGAAAAGCUAGAUUAAAAGUGAAUUUUUGUAUUGUUAAUUUUUUGAAUCUUUGUUCAGUCUGAGUCUCCUUUCCUUCUGAAGGGGGAAGAGCUGAUGUAUACUGUAAAUUGAUAAAUUAAUAUCUUUCCGUGUAAUCAGCAGAUGUUCAGCAAGCGCAGCGCGCAACACUGCUGUUGUUUAUUUUAUUAAAUAAAUCAGAGCCAGGAGCUCUCUUCUGUUUUACACCUCAAACGAACAA